AUGGCGAUUGCAGCUGCAGAGAGGAACCAGCAUUUUUCAGUUGAUUUUUCAUGGGCACAAGGGAUAAAGCUCCAUUUGAGCUACGAAGAACGGAUUUUUUUCAACACCCAUUCAGUUAAACCGCAAACUCUGUCCAAUAUUUUCAUCUUAGUCCCCCGACCAGAGCAUGUUGGUAUUUACCAAGAUAUCGACAGGUUCACUCGUAAAGCAGAAAUUUCUGGUUCCUCAAUUAAUCAGACAACAAAUCAACAAUGGGAAUUUCGUUUAGGCCACGGUGAGUGCAGUAGAUAUUACAUCAACUUCCCACUAGUUAUCGCCUAA